AUGGUGACCAAUGGUACUGCUAUAGUCUCGCUGUUUCCACAAGUACCCACUCUGGAUAACACGUUCGGGGCUGUACUGAUCGGGACGUUCAUUGGGCUCAUGAUGUAUGGGUUAUCUCUCCACCAGACCUUCCGCUACUUCCGCAUAUAUGUCGGAGACACCCUACUUCUGAAGAUCACGGUUUUUGGCCUCGCUGUCCUGGACACGACGCACUCUGUCGCUUGCAUGCAUGCAUCAUACUUCUAUCUCGUGACCAAUUACUUCAACCCCCUGGCCCUAUUCUCAGGCAUCUGGUCUAUCAGGUCGUUGGCUCCGCUAACGGGCGCAACUGUCCUGCUAGCUCAAUCAUUCUAUGUCCGAAGAGUGUACCUUUUGGGACAAGGAUAUGCUUUGCUUGUCAUUCCCUUAGGACUGAUCAUGAUCGGCACUACUGGUUUUGCGGUCGCUGCGAGCUUUGAAAUCUUCCAUCAGAAGACUUUCGCAAAUUUCGAGCGCUUUACGUGGUUGAUGUCUGGAGGCUUCGGUUGCUCGCUUGCGACAGAUAUACUCCUCACUGUCGCCUUGACAAUCUUCUUGACGCGCAGUCGCUCCGCUUUCCACGGCGCGCUGAGCCUGUUGUCUCUCGUCUUUGGAGUCGCUCAACCGGGCAAUAUGAUCUAUAUUGCAGCGAACAUGCUCGCUACCAAGUCUUAUGUGAACGCCGUACUAGCUGUAGUCAACUCGCGAAGCUCCCUUGCAGAUUCCAAACGGGACACAGAAGCUCUUGGCACGUUCGGCUUGAGCACCCAACUGCAAUCGUCACAGAGGCUACCUAUUCGGAUGGAGCACUUCCGUACGGCUUUAUCGCAGGGAGAUGCCAUUGACGUACAUUGGAGAAUCCCGGCACAGGCAGAGGACCAGAAAGAUGGGGGCACGGGGAGUACGACUGUUUGA